GGAGAUGUUGCUUAUUCUUUUCCGGAAGAAGUUAAACGAGGCUCUGUUAUCGAAAAUAUCGCAAAAGAUAUAGGAAUUGAGGUGGGAAAACUGGCUACUCGAAAGGCUCGUAUUGAUGUUGACAGGAACAGCAAAGGGUAUUUUGAAAUUAAUAGGAGUACUGGAGAUGUGAUUGUUACCGAGAGGAUUGACAGAGAGGGUCUUUGUGGCAAAAAAUCUACUUGCAUUUUAAAACAAGAGCUUGUUUUGGAGGAGCCUUUAGAGCUGCAUCGCAUUAGCUUCCACAUUCAAGACAUCAACGAUAAUUCACCGCAGUUUAAGAAGGAUACCAUCAAAUUUGAAAUAAGUGAAUCUGCAGCUAAAGGAAGUCGCUAUCGUUUAGAUGAAGCUCAUGAUGCUGAUAUCGGACAAAACGCAAUCCAGGGAUAUAGUAUUGAAACAAAUGAAUAUUUCCGAUUGAAUGUUAUUGAAAAAGGUGGAGGAGGAAAAUACAGCGAGUUAAUUCUACAAAAAGAGUUGGAUAGAGAACAAAAGAAAGAGCUAACGAUUGAGCUUGUUGCAACUGAUGGGGGCACGCCUCAGCGAUCGGGUACUGCGGUUAUUCAUGUUAGCGUGCUGGAUGCCAAUGAUAACGCACCAGUAUUUAGUCAGGCCGUUUAUGGAGCCAGUCUACUUGAAAACUCCCCGUUAGACAUAGUUGUGAUCACAGUAAGCGCGACUGACGCAGAUGAAGGCGUCAACGGAGAAGUGACGUACGAAUUUGAUCACAUUUCAGAUGAAAGUUAUAACGUGUUUUCUAUUGAUCAGAAGAGCGGUGAAGUCCGAGUAAGUGGGCCAAUAGAUUACGAGCACUUGUCGUCAUACGAAAUGCAAAUUACUGCAAAGGACGGUCUCGGGUUGGUCUCAUACUGUACCUUAAUAAUUGAAAUUACAGAUGUCAAUGACAACGCUCCAAUAACAACUAUUAAGUCCCUGAAAAAUCCUGUACCAGAAAAUUCACCACCAGGUACAGAGGUAGGAAUC